AGCUGCCUCUUCCCUCGCCGCGCGACCUCCAGCUUGCCCACGCCGUCUUUCGCUACCGGAGUCUUCGCCAUAUUUGUCCCCUCUGUUUAAAUCCGUCUUCCCUCGCACGAAUAACCUGUCUUCAUCUCUUUCUAGGCAGCUUUUCGACAACUGGGCCCGCUCUAAUUUCUGCGACGGCGGCGUCUCGCGAUCGACUCGGCAUUCGCGUGCACGCUCACUCCCUAUCUCUCAACGAGUCCACUGCUUCGAUCGCCAGACGACUCCCGACUGCUGCGAUACACCUCCGACUCCGACGAGUCUCGUUAAAUCUCGCUCUACAGGCCCUACAUCUUUGCCAAUUACAGCGGGAGCAUUGGGCCAGCGUCCGAAGGGCAAGCCUAAAGGGUCCUUAACACCAACCGCUCGGCACGCGCCGCUUCCACCGCAGACGUCAUGUCUGCCAACGGCGGCGUCUUGGCCCCCGGCGGCGAUCAGACCAACGGCAGCGGCGCGGACACCUUGGCUAAGAUACACGGCGCCCUCGAAGUUGUCCACAGCCCCUACUCCGCCAACGACGCCCGCCGAGAAGCGCAGUCGUUCCUCGAGGAAGUCAAAGAUCUCCCCGAGGCGCCUCUCCAGGGAUACAGGCUUGCUGCAGACAGGUCGCAAUCGCCAGUGGUCCGUCACUACGCCCUUUCUCUACUUGAGCACGCAAUACGGUACAGGUGGUCUACAUAUAGCGAGGAGCAAGCGACGGCCCUUCGGAACUGGGUUCUUGAGCUCAGUCAGGCCAUUUCAAGAGAAGAUCCGACGUAUCUCCGCAACAAGACGGCUCAAUUAUGGGUCGAAGUGGCCAAGCGGUGCUGGGGUGCCAGCUGGAUGGACAUGGAUGCCAUGCUCGUUCACCUGUGGCAGGUCCCAGACUCGGCCGUCCAUAAAGAGCUCGUCAUGUUCAUCCUCGAAACACUCUCCGACGAGGUCUUCUCUGGCGACGAUCCGGUAGUGGCGAUGCGAGAAGGAGUCCUUAGCAAGGCUUGUGUCGAGGUCUUCACGCCGACAGCCGUCUUGGUGGAGGCAUUUCCGAACCGACAGCCUGGUCCCGACGUACGCCAUGGGCAUGAGGGAUGGCUCAGUCGCAUCACGGAAUUUCUUAGCUACUGCAUCAACUCCGCAUCGAAGGACAACAGUGAAGUCACCCAUUGUACUCUCAGAGCUUUUUCCGUCCUGUUGUCCCUCAUGCCCUGGGCGAUUCCAAGGGCAGUCUCCGCCGCACAAUGCGUCAAGGUCAUAACGGCGGGCUUGGCCUCACCGCAUGUUGAGGUUCAAAAGGCCGCAUUGGAUGCCUUACAUGCUCUCUACGGUCGGACAAACUUCACCGACGAGGAGUUCCAGCAGCUCGUGGCCCCCAUGUACACCCACGCCUCCGUCGCCUUAUGCAGAGGCUUAUUUGAGUGGGCAACCGUUGACGCUGAAGAUAUUGAUGACGACAAGUACCAGAUUUCGAAAAAGCUUUCAGAGAUGCUAUCGUCAGUCGGCGAGUAUUUUGAGCGCAAGUUUGCAAAGCUGCCAUCCGACGCUGCGCAGUCCGAUUUCCUUGCUCUGCUUGUUCUCGUCGUCCAAAGUCAAAGUCUCAUGGUUUCUAUUCCCAUACUCGUGACUUGGACCAGGAUCCUGAGUCAUAGGGCUCUAGGCCACAGUGACCUGGUUACGCCGCUGAUCGGGCCGCUGCUUGAACUUUGCAGCUCGCGACUUGUACGAUACGAGAAUUUACCGGAGGAUUCCACAGACGCAACUUAUCUCUUUCUCAUGGAGGACACCGACACUAUGCCAGAACGGCACGCUUUCCUGGGCAACUAUCGUCGAUAUAGCUGUCAGAUUGUGGAGCUGAUCGUUCAGCUCCGGCUUGAGGAGGCCAUUUCCCACAUACUAUCCAGCACAGAGUACUUCCUUCAGCAUCUGUACGACGGUCAACCGACCUUUAGCAAGCAAACCUACUCCAAACAUUCCAUGCCCGCACUUCGUGUUGACUCGCAAUUCACGCUGGUCGAAGCGGCGCUGAAGGGUUAUGUCAAGUGGAAGAGAUAUCAUGCCAAGGACGAGGUGCAAAGAGCUGCUGAUGUGGACGCCAUCUUGGCGUCCUGGUGCGACAAGCUCCUCCCGCUGAACUUUGAGGACCCCUUAAUUCGCAAGAGAAAGCUUCAGUUGCUUGUCUACUUCUCCACCACUGCCCUGAACAAAAAUACCGACGUCAUGCUCAAGGUCCUCGAGCACAUUCUUGUGACUUGGCCUAACCUGGAGCCCGAAUUCCGAGCCUUCAACGACGCGGUUAAAGACCUUCAAGGGGAGAGUAUGAUAGAACUGCAACGUCUGGCAGCAGAGAUGCCUGACCACCUACUUAAUGUAUACGAGCAGAUUGAGGCUCGCGUGAACGAGAUGAUGUCGUCAGGAGCCUUGGACGAGAAGCGAUCACUUGCAUACAAAAGCUUCCUCUUCCUCAUCGUGCAUCGCGCUCGUGGGAUUGAGAUAACGGCAAAGAUUAACAAGUUGUCCGAGUUCGUCGAGCCGGUCAAAGCGCAGUGGCGGACCGAGAAUAUCAGAGCAUCGCUCAGCUCCUACUCCAGCUUCUGCGAGUUUCUCGGUCUGGACAAGGCCCAGAAAUACCUUGUGAGCCGCAAGGCACAUGAAAUCAAGGAUUGGGGCUCCGCAGAGCUCGAUGCGGAAGGCCUGGCACUCCAAAACGAACUAGAGGAGAGACUCAAGGCUUUGCCGUUGCGGCCAACAAAAUCGUUCCUGGCGUUUUCAGUAGAGAGACUGGACAAGUCGUCUACAGCGUUUCAAACCUCGUACGCACUGUGGCGGGACGGCUACUCGAACAUCCUUGCCGACCUGCUCGAGUAUCUGAGAUUUGCUCAUGCGACGCACAACCCGGACAACUGGUUGCUUCUGCCUCACGAAAUGCGGCCUUCCGUGCACAAAAUCUUGAGUGACCGUUUCUGGCAGGCUGGCAUAUCUGACGGCAGCAAAGAUGAUUUCUAUGCCCGCGUUAUAGAUAAGAAGAACACUGUCGAGGGCCUGGCAUCGACCAUUCGAGGCUCAGUGCGGUUCGUUAGAGAGACUGCCUAUGCCAUCAUAUACUGCAUGAGCCGGUUGGAUCUUCAGUUCUACUCAGUCGAGGGACUGUCCGGGCCUCUCUCCAGUGCUUUGUUUGCCGACUCCAUUUGGCUCUCAACACAUCAGCAGACGAACCUGCUGAACUUGGUUCGAUAUCUUGUGGAUGAUUGUCCCGUGGACCAUCGGGAACAGUUUCUACCACAGCUGAUCUCGGCUUGCUUUCGCCAAAUGGACUCCAAGAUCAACGGCGAGUGGGAGAAGAUGGAGCAACAGCAGAGCACUAGCGUUGAUGGAGAGGCAGGGUUGAAGGAAGAGAUGAAGACGGAGAGCAUUUUGCGUCAGGUCACGUAUACGGCCGUGAUGAUGGUGGCGGAUUUCCUCGACCCCACAAAAUCAAAUUCCUCGACGAUGGCGUCUCGGACCCGGAAUGACGAUAAUGAGGACGAAGCAAAGGGCCGGUUUCCGUCCUUGCGGAAGUUUUGCCUCUCACGCCAGGAAAUUGUCGAGCCGCUGCUCGUGUUCUGCACUCACGGUGUACGCAUGAGAGAUACUCGGUGCUGUGGCAUGAUUCUGCGGCUCUUCAUCUCGCUGGUGCCGGAGUUCCACGUCACGCAGGGACAGGAGCAAGCACGCGGCGGCCAAGAGUCGCGGAUGGCGGGGAACUCGUCGCCCGUGCCGCCGGACCUAGCAUCGGUGAUUCGGGAGUACAUCUCUUCAGACGUCCUGAAAGCAUGCGUUACGUCGUUUCACGAGCCGUACUUUGUGGAGGUACAGAAGGAGCUGGCAUCGCUGAUUGCCACCAUCGUCGUCCACUACGGGCAGUCGACGGCAACGCCUCGCAACGUGCUCCUGUCGCUGCCAAAUGUCAAUCCGGCAGAGCUGGACCGUCUGAACGAGUACAUGGCAAGACCUGGGUCGCAUACGCGACAGCAGCGGGCCGUUGUGAUGGAAUUACUCAAAGACCUCAAGGGAGUAAGCGUGUCCGAGAUGGGGAAGCUGGCCAAGAGCGCAGGGUUCGGGGGCACGCCGCGGGGCAAGCGGCACAACCGAAGCAAGAUGGCUCAGGGCUUCAUGAACGAAGGGCCAGCAGCGGAAUCGGGAGCGACGCGGGGGAGCGGGAUGGCGGGAGGACGCAGAGGCACGCCCGACGCGCUCGAAGGGGUGUCAAACCUGUUUGAGGGCUAGGGGCCCUCAUUCCGUCGCUAGUACCGGGAGAUGCGCUGACGCCUCCGUUCCCCUGAGUCGCUCGCUUUGACAUCUGGGGGGAAGGGCUGUCGAAUGGCCGCGGCUCGGGGCGCCGUGGUGGUGUUCAUGGCCGCCAUGUGGCAGCCGAGACGUCGUGCAUCACCCCAUGGGGACGGCUGACACGCGCGCCGACUGGGGAAAGGCGCAGCAGGGCAUGUCUCUGGACCCCGGGACGGGACGAGUGGGAACGAGUGUACCGGCAAGAUAGAGGAGGGACAGGCACGAGUAUGCCCAGGGCGUUUUGGGUGGACGAGUGCUUGGGCACGUGUCUUUGCUAUGUUUGCUGUGCAGUACAGUACGGUACGCGACGUAGAAAUGCGUACGAGACGACGAGCAG